UUUUCGGUUUGUUGAUCCUACCCCUUUCCUCCCUGCGGGAGCUCAACUUGUGAUGGUUCAAGGGCAACCUUUGAUGCAGCGUGUGAUCACUGGUCAGGUGCAGAAACAACACAAUGACCUUGCUAUUGCUACUUUCAAUCCUCUACCCUAGAAUCAGUUGGAUUUCAAUCACAUUAGAAAUGUGCUUGAUGACUUUCUAGGGCAGCACAACUUUCUUUUUGAAGCCAUCCAACCUUGCCCCUUUGGUCAGGCCUACGUCAAAUUCACUUACAUGCAUUAGAGGGACAUCCUGAUCCACAAUAGUCCAAUCCCCUAUGGUAAUGGUUCAAUCUCGUUCAUUCCUAAUGACAAAGCUUGGAAUAAUUGAAUUUCUGUUAUGACCCAUGAGGUUUGGUUAUCUCUCAUUGGACUCAAUCUUGAUUUGUGGAACCAUGCUCUGGUUGAUAAAGCUAUGUCAGUUUUUGGUAAGUUAAUUUUGUGGGAAGAAGAUUACCUGAAUAUGGGCAGAGUGUUUGUUAGAGCUCGUGUGAGUGGCCUGGAUUCCACCCCCUGGUUCUUUACUUUCUCUGAAGGUUUGGAUCCAUCUGCUGAUAGCUGGACUGUGCAGUGUGAGAUUUUCCAAGCAACUCUUAUUGGGGAUCUGCCACAAGAUGAAGAUAUUCCUCCUAGGCCAGAUGCCAAUGAUGAUGCUUUUCAGCCCAACAACUUUGCCUAUUUCGGUUAUGGCCAACCUAGUCAAGGCCCCCCAAUGCCAACCCCAAGCUUUCAGCCUUUCAAUCCUUUCGCUGUUCUGAACCCCAACCCUCAAAACCUGAAUGCUUUUGGAUGGGAUGAAUGGCCCAAUGUGAUGCCGGCUAAUGAAGCCCAAUUCCUGCCUGAAGCUGAUCCAGUGCCUCAAUUGAUUGAGCCAGAACCUCCCCUCUUGCCAGUUGAACCAGUUCAGAUAGUUGAAUUCCCUAACUUUGAAAACCUGCAACCACUCGUGCCGGAAGAAGUUGACUAUAACGAUCUGUUGGGCUAUGUCAACCCACCUGUCAAUGAAGGGAAUGGGAACCUGCACAUUGAAGAAAACCUGCAUGUUGGCUUUGCUCAAUUUUACCAACCUGCUGCUAAGAAUAUGUGGAUGAACCCACUUGUCUUUAAGCCAAGCCCCGAAGCUCUGCGCCAGUGGUCUCCCUCUUUUGACUGGGCAAAACACUUCCUUCAGUCCCCUGCAUGGGACUAUUUCUCCAAGGCUGCUCCUGGUAAUUCCACAAUUUUCCAAUUACCUGUUUCUUCUCCAGCUGAUUCUCUUCAGACUUGCCCCUCUUCUGUCAUCAUAGAGGAUUUGACUAAUGUCUGUGUUUCUGGGGUUGAGCAAGAAGAUAUCCCUGAAUCCACUGUGCAAGCCCAAGCCAAGAGGAUGCCAAGGAAAGGAAAGAAGCCAAUCCUUUCAGAAGCUGAUGUUCGAAGAAGCCUGAGAAUCAAAAAGCUCCAUAAAGGGUUCAAGCUCCAAACAUACAAGGACAAGAAUUGUCUUGGUUGCUCAUCCACACCGCCCGAGAUUUCUCCUUCACUCAUCAGAAACCUCGAUGCAAGCUUCUGCGAUAUCAACCCAGAAGAUCUCUCUGAUGUCAAUCUUCAUGCUAAACCUUCUCCUUCUCAGCCUGUUAACAAGAAAUCCAAACAAGUUAAGAAGAAGGACAGCAAGGCCCCAAAGAAGGAUGGGGACAAGUGA